GCAAAUUUUCCUCACAUAUUUCAAUACACUGUAUAAAAUUUAUUUAUCAUUACUUUUCCAUUAAAUCUGUGUAUUGAAAGUAUGUAUGAUGAAUAAAAUGCAGUCUGACGCAUGCUUUUCCUAAGCCCAAGGCGACAAUCUCAUAUCUAAUGAAAGUUGCUGUAUUAUGGCAUUUGUAUUAAUUAAAAAGGGGGGAGACAAUGUUACAUUAAUGUAGUCAUGAACUUUGGGAUUAAAACAUGAAAUUAUCAAAGUUGUGUAUGAGUAAGCAGUUAAUGCAUUCCUUCAGUUUUUGGUGCCAGAUGACAUGGGGCUGGCUAAACUAUUGAUUUAUGAGUUCCCAAUUGUUGUAUUAUUAAAUUACUUACGUGAACCGAUAGGUAGCAGUUUCAAUCACAGUAAAAAAAGUCUACCCACAUUGAUGGAAGAUUUUCCAACCUGGACUCGGAGACUAUUAUAAUCAAUAUUAAAUUUGAAACUUGCAUUUUGAGUUAAAGUCGGUUAGUUUUCGCAAAGCAUAUGGGGGUUAAUGUUAUUUAUCUUGUAAAGAAUGUCUUUUUGAUAGACUUUUCUUCUGUUAUUCACCUGCCAUGCAUUUUGGCGAAUUUUUUAAUUGUAAACAGUUUCUAGUUACAAGAAUAGUUUAUGAACACACACACACAGUCCUUCUCCAUUAUGCAUACACAUCCAUGCAGUGCUUUUCCGUUAUGCACACAUAUGCCAAAAUGCAUGGCAGGUUCUUAAUGGAAAAGUGCUGAAGUAUUAAGUAAAUGUCUUCUAUUUUCAUUACACAUUAAGAAAGAAAGUUCACCAACAGCUGAGCCAUAAGGUUGCUCCUUAAAAAGUUCAAGGUUUAAUCCUACUCACGGGAUUUGGCACCUUUAUGAUGAGCAGUAAACGCGACAUAUAUAAUGAGUAAUAAACGAGUUAUUUUGGUGUUGGCAAUAAUUUUCAAAAUCAUGCGAUGGCUGCCCGUAUACUAGGAUUUUACCAAAUUCUCUUCAGAGAUAUCCCUUUCCUCCCUUUCCUUAGGCAGAUAAUCCUCAUUGUGAUUUGCCGUAAUCAAAUAAACCAAGCCAUGAAGAAAACCCCCUGCAAGCAGCUUAUUCAGUCGCAGAAAGGGAACUGUUGAACAUAAGAGCUAUAGAUAUGAAUCCUAAUAGUAAUAUUCUGCAAAGACAAAUGACUGGAAAUAUCCUGCCUCCUCAGAGUAUGAAUACAAAUUCAGGCAGUGGCUUAAUGGUUGGCGUUAGUAUGAAUCAAGGUGGAGUGCCCACAUCUUUACUAUCAAAUUCUGGGCACAAACUGGAAGCUCUCGGUGACCAUCAACUGAACUCACAGGGAAAUAUGUCUCCUAGUCCACCCCAUCAAGGCCAACCACCUGUGACUACUGUCGGAGGGACUGCCCCCAGCAGCACAGCCCCCUCUGCUGGUGGGUGCAUUAUUCAGUCCACCGUAACCAUGGCAAACAUGAAAGAGAAAACACCAAUGUGCUUAAUCAAUGAAUUAGCACGUUUUAACAAGGUCCAGCAUCAGUAUCGACUUGUGGAUGAAUCAGGCCCACCUCAUAAGAAAACUUUCACCGUCGUGCUGAAACUGGAUAAUGAAGAGUAUACUGCUUCUGGACCAAGUAUCAAGAAAGCGCAGCACGCUGCUGCUGCUAUUGCCCUUGAACAAACCUCACUUAAGCAUCCUCCACCUAAAAGUCAAAGGAAAGCAAUGGGGCCAAUAACACCAACGGUUGAAUUAAAUGCUUUAGCUAUGAAAAGAGGAGAACCUGCAGUUUAUCAAUUAAUAGAACCUCAAAGACCUCAAUACAUACCAAAUUUAAAUUUUCGUGGCAUGUAUCAUCAAAGAUACCAUUAUCCUAAAGUGCCCACAUAUUAUGUGUCAUUAAAAGUAGGCACUAGACAAUUUUUUGGAGAGGGUCGUACUGCACAGGCUGCUCGACAUGCUGCUGCAGAAGAAGCUCUGUCUAUCCUUCGUAAUCUUCCUUAUCCAGAAAAUGUAAAAAGGCAGUCAGAAUUGCCCCUUUCUAAACCUAACGGAGAGAGCCCUGAAGAUGAUGGAGAUGAGAGUGAUGACUUGAAAUCUCCAAUCAGUUUAGUUCAUGAAAUUGCAUUAAAAAGAAGUCUUGCUGUGAAUUUUGAGGUAACUAGGGAGAGUGGCCCUCCUCACAUGCGUACAUUUGUUACUCGUUGCACAGUUGGAGACAUUAGCACAGAUGGUGAAGGAAAUGGUAAAAAAGUGUCCAAAAAACGUGCAGCUGAAAAGAUGUUAGAAGAAUUAAAAAAGCUUCCAUCUCUACCUCCAGCUCAACAAAAGGUGAAGAAAAAACCAAUCAUUAAGAAAAAGAACAGAAAUCUUAUUAAGGAGCAGAAGGCAGAUCCACAGUAUGGGCAAGGCAUCAAUCCAAUUAGUCGACUUAUUCAAAUACAGCAAGCCAAAAAAGAACGCGAACCUGUGUACACUGUCAUUGAAGAACGAGGUGAACCAAGGCAGCGAGAAUUUAUUAUGCAGGUAAGUUAGUAUUAAAGAGGCAAAACUGAUUACUUUCUUC